CCUUCCCCUCCGGAUCGAAUCCUCCACGACUCCACGGCGCGGGGAGAGCUAGCGGCGCGGGGGAGAGCUGGCGGCGCGCGAGGCGGCGGCGCAAGGUGACGGCGUGGCGGCGCGGCGCACCCCAACGGCGACCCUCUCCGCCGUCUUCUCACCGGUGAUGUUGAGGCCGGGCCUCGUGCUUGUGGUGUCCCUAUUGUGCCUGGUGUGAUCUGCAGUCGUUUGAGAUGCAGAUUGAAAGACAAGUAGAGUUGUAUCCUGCAAUGACAACUCCGAGCAGAGAUAGCAACAUGCAGCAGCUAGUCCCUAUAGCACCACCAGGAAAGGCUUCUGGCAGUGACACUGGGAAGGAGCUGGUUGUGGUUGAUCCUGCAGGAAAGGGCUCAGGAGGAGUAAAACUGCGAGAGGAUGAGGAGGACCUGGAGGUGAAGCUGAGGCGCAUCAUGGAGAAUGUCCCUGUUCGUGUCAGUAACACAUCAGGGUCAUCUGCUGGAUCUGGCUCUGGUGAUUUCCACCAGUAUCGGCAAAUGAGGAGGAGAGAGCAGGACCGGCUAUCACGAAUGGAUGCUGACUACCAAAAGAGGAAAGAGAUGGCUGAGUUCGAAUUGCGGAGGGAGGAGAGGCUUAAAGCAGCUGAGGAGCGGACAGCCAAGAAGCGCCUGAAACGCCAAAAGAAGAAGCAGCGGAAGAAAGAGAAGCGAACUAAAACUAGUAAUGGUGGUGAAGAACCUAACAGAGUGGAGUCAUCUGAUGAUGAAGAAGGUUCAGAUGACGAUGACAAGUCUAAGCAAUGAUCCUUCAAUUACAUUUGAAGAUGCUUUUAGACUCCAGGUCACCAUUCAGACGGAGCACCGCUUGCUUGUUGAAGAAGAAAGCAUGUGCGUUCCUCCCUGGUUGGCUGUGGACAAUGAACUAGCAUCUGGUAUGCCUGUUGUAAUAGGCUAAUGCCUGUUGUAAUAGGCUAAGACAGGUCCUGUGUCUGUUAGAGGAUAUAACAUUUUGAGCAGAGAUGGGACGCAUUAGAAAGUUUGCUGUUUGUGUUCCUCGUUCGGAGAAUGCCUUGUAUCAGUACCUUUUGAUCAGCUAUAACAUUUUGGGCAGCGAUGGAGAGCACUAGAUAGUUUACUGUUAGUGUUCCUCGAUCAGAGAAUUGCCAUGCAUUUGUAAACUUCAUCUCCAUAUUUUAUGCAUCUGCAUGUAUUUGUAUCA